UCACUGGAGCGUGUCAUGGAAAUGAAGAGGUUUCAGAAAAUCAACCAUUUUCCUGGCAUGGCUGAGAUCUGCCGCAAGGACCUGCUGGCCCGCAACCUCAACCGGAUGCUGAGGCUGUUUCCCAAGGAGUACUGCAUCUUCCCUCGCACUUGGUGCUUGCCAGCUGACUAUGGGGACUUCCAAGCCUACGGACGAAUGAGGAAAAACAGGACGUACAUUUGCAAGCCAGACAGUGGCUGCCAGGGGCGGGGCAUCUUCAUUACCCGGAACCCCAAGGAAAUAAAGCAUGGCGAGCACAUGAUCUGCCAGCAGUAUAUUACUAAGCCCUUCCUCCUCGAUGGCUUUAAGUUUGACAUGCGUAUUUAUGUCUUGGUCACCUCCUGCGACCCCCUGAAGAUCUUUAUCUAUGAGGAGGGGCUGGCGCGCUUUGCCACCAUGAGGUACAUCGAGCCCAACAGCAACAACCUGGAUGACAUCUGUAUGCACUUGACCAACUAUGCCAUCAACAAGCAUAAUGAGAACUUUGUGCGGGAUGACAACACGGGAAGCAAGAGGAAGCUGUCCACCCUGAACGCUUGGCUGCGGGAACACGGCUGUGACACGGCUGAGCUGUGGCGGGACAUCGAGGACAUCGUAAUCAAGACGCUCAUUGCUGCCCAUCCGGUUCUGAAGCACAACUAUCGCACUUGCUUCCCCAACCACGUCUCUGGCUGUGCCUGCUUUGAGAUCCUGGGCUUCGACAUCCUCCUUGACCGGAAGCUCAAGCCGUGGCUUCUGGAGGUCAACCAUUCCCCCAGCUUCACCACAGACUCCCGUCUGGACCGGGAAGUGAAGGAUGCCUUACUCUGUGAUGCAAUCAAUCUCAUCAACCUGCGGGCCUGUGACAAGAGGAAGGUGCUGGAAGAAGACAAGAGGCGGGUGAAAGAGCGCCUCCUGCAGCCCCACCAGCAGCCCCGGGAGGCCAGGCGUGAACAGAUGGAGAGCAGCCAGGCCGCCUGGCUGGCCCAAGCAGAGAAGUACGAGAACAGCCACCUGGGCCACUACCGGCGCAUCUUUCCCUCACGUGGCACUGAAAAGUACAGCCCCUUUUUCAAGCACAGUGGAUCCCUCUUCCAAGAGACGGUGGCCUCCAAGGCCAGAGAAGAGUGCGCCAGGCAGCAGCUGGAGGAGAUCCGUCAGAAGCAGGAGCAGAGGGAGAACACAGCUGGGAGGAAGAAACGGGAAGUGAAGGAGAGCUUGCAGGGGGAGUCGGCUGGAGAGAAGUCUCAGGAGAAGAGCAAGGGCAAGGUGGCCCUCACCCGAAUGGCGUACAGCCACAGCAAGACCUGGAACCCCAAGAUGGCCUCCUUGCAGUAUGACAGCAUGACUCCCCAGGCCAUAGUGGAGGAAGAGGAAGUGGAGAGAGUCAAGGCCCUCCUGCGGCGAGAAAACCUCAUCCGGGGACUUGGCAUUGUUGACCAGCUGACCCGCCUGCUGCGCAGCACCGAGCCAAAGCCUGUGGAAGUCCAGAGGCCCCACAUCAACGUCUCUGAAUGCCAGCCCCACUUUCUCCAAGACGUGCUCAACAAUCACAACACCCAGGACCUGAUGACCCUCGUCCCCCUCUCCCUCCUAAGGGGCUCGGCCCAGGAGCUUGGCCGCCAGAUCCUGCAGCAGCAACCCACGGCACGAGUCCAGCUGCUGGGAAACCAAGGCUUCAUCCCAACUAUCCUGGGGGCCCUCUCGGGCCUCGGCCCCCCUCGCCUCGGUGUUGAGGUGAAGGUCGGUGUAUCCUUGAAGCCGACCGACCCGUGGUGGUACCACCCGCUUGGACCAUUUCCUUCCAGCAAGAGACCCCUGAACAUGAGCCCCGGAUCCCUGAAUUGCCUGUCCCACCAUGGAAACGUCGCAGGCACUAUAUACAGCAGCUUCCCCUUCCCGUCUGUUGCAGCUCCGCUCAACCGUGCUGACCUGCAUGGACUGGCCAUCAAUUCAGCUUCAGCCCCCCUCAUACGGCGCGGGAGUCCCCAUCGUUCCACCACGGUGGCCGCUCUGCAUCCCAGCCAAGCCAGCCAUUCUCCCCAAAACCUCCACCUCUGCAGAGCCGUGUUUCCCCUCCAGCUAACAGCAAGUCCUGAGAACGGUUCUGUGCACUUGGGCUGCACCCCUCCCCUGCUCUCUCUGCAAGCCAGGUUCCCUCUGCAGAUGCCAGUUAGCCUGCCCAAGCCUUGGGACAAUUCUUGAAAAGCCCUGUGGGCUGGGAAGAGGUUUCUUUUGUAGCCAACUUUAUAUUAAAGUUUUAUACAGUUC